CAAUAAUUGAUUUGAAAUUGAAAAAGCUUUCCAUUAAUGUAUUAUACAAAUUGUGCCAACAUUCUGCUUGUCAUGUUCUACCUUACACGCACUCCACUCUCUCUUCGUCUCCUUCCUCACGCCUUCUCUUCAUUCUUCUUCUUCUCCUUCUCAAAAUCUCCCAGUUCAUUUGAUCCUCUGCAAUAUCUCCGAUUGGGUUUGAAUUAUUCUUUUGUAUAAUUGACUUAAUUGUGAAAAAAAGAUUCGAAAUCAAUGGGUGUUGAUUACUACAAUGUACUAAACGUGAAUCCAAGCGCGAGCGAAGAUGAUCUGAAGAAAUCAUACCGGAGAUUAGCGAUGAAAUGGCACCCUGACAAAAACCCCACGAGCAAGAAAGAAGCUGAGGCUAAAUUCAAGCAGAUCUCCGAAGCUUACGACGUUCUGAGCGAUCCUCGUAAGCGUCAGAUCUACGAUCAGUACGGAGAAGACGGGCUUAAGUCUUCGGAUUUUCCCACGGCAGGAGAGACGGCGGCGGCUCAGCAGCGGAGUUACUCCUCCGACGCUGGGUUCCGGUACUAUCCGCGAGACGCGGAGGAUAUCUUCGCCGAAUUUUUCGGCGCGUCGGGGGAAGUGUUCGGCGGAGGGAGCAGCGGCGGCGGCGGGAGGAGGAACGGUGAAAACGGAGGGAGUAGAUUCAGAAGCGCGGAGGCGGGAAGUCAGACGACGAGUAGGAAAAUGCCGGCGAAUAGGAAAGCUCCGGCGAUUGAAAGCAAAUUGGCUUGUACUCUUGAGGAAUUGUAUAAAGGUGGAAGGAGGAAGAUGCGAAUUUCACGCGUUGUUCCUGAUGGUCUUGGAAAGCCAAAGCCAGUCCAAGAGAUCUUGAAAAUAGACAUAACACCAGGAUGGAAGAAAGGAACAAAGAUAACUUUCCCGGAGAAAGGAAACCAAGAACCAGGCGUCACUCCCGCUGAUCUCAUCUUCGUCAUCGACGAGAAACUACAUUCGAUCUACAGAAGAGACGGAAACGAUCUGAUCGUAGACAAGAAAGUCUCGCUCUUGGAGGCUCUAACGGGACUCACUCUUACCCUAACGACACUAGACGGGAGGAACCUGACAAUACCGGUUUUGGAUAUCGUUAAACCGGGUCACGAGAUUGUGAUCCCUAACGAAGGGAUGCCCAUCUCUAAAGAAAUUGCAAAGAGAGGUGAUCUCAAAAUCAACUUUGAGAUAUGUUUCCCUUCGAGGCUAACAUCAGACCAGAAGACAGAUCUCAAGAGAGUUCUUGGUGGAACCGGAAUCGAUAACUAGUUUCAAGAAGUAAGGUUCUUGAAUUCGAAAAGUCAGAUUCGGUGUACAUAUACAAUGUGUUACAGAACACACUCUGAAUAAAGAGUUUCAAGGUGAAACAGAUCAGAUCUUUUUUCGGUUUUGAUCUCAUCAAAGUUAUAUAUGUGUAACUCUGGACUUUUGAAAAGCCAUUUGAAGAUGAUCUGCAACUUUUUUUUUUUUUUUCAUUUACUCUAUUUACAU